CGGGACUUGCCAACGAAGGUAUCUACAUAGGGAGAUGGCGAUCCGAUCACAAUGCUCUUAGGCAGGGAAGAGAAACAGGAUAUCAACUUGGCGUGACCCGGCCUAGCAUGGCAUAAUGGGGAACUACCUAGUGAAGGCGAUCACUUAGGUGGAUUUAUCGGCGACUGGCAACUAUAAGAUGACUAAAUUAUGAUAUCCUACCAUCAAGAUUCAGAAACUUGAACUCCUUUUCCAACGAUCCCUCAAUAUUUUUCGAUCACAUUCUCUCUUUUAUCGAAUUCACAGUAUUAUCACGUCGAUAUCUAAGAAAAUGCUUAGACCUUAUGUGUCUGGAGCUGCCUUCGGUGCUGCCCUAGCAGCCGCUGGCAUUUAUCAACCAGAUGUAAUCGUCGAACAGAUGGGUCUCCAGAACUGGCACAUGGUCACCACGUUCUUGACUGCCUCUGGAACUAGCACUCUCCUCGUCACUAUCUUCCAACGACUCGGUUAUCUCAAACUAAGUCCCCGUAAUUAUUCGACACUCAACAUAUUCGGAUCCCUCGACGGAAACAUAAUAGGAGGCUUACUCAUAGGCACCGGCUUGGCUGUCUCCGGCUCCUGCCCGGGGACUGUCUUUGCACAAGUCGGGGCUGGAGUUCGAUCUGGUUUCUUUACACUAGGCGGAGCAAUGCUUGGGGGUGUGAUAUGGUCAGGUCUCCUGCGGCCAGCUCUCCGUAGCCGGGAAAAGCCGGCUCCGGAGGCAAGUAAUAUCAAAGCUCGUUGCCUGACCAUAGGCGAGUUGACGGGAACAAGCCAAACGAGCGCCCUCAUCGCCGUCGAAGCUCUGUUCACAGGCAUCGUCGCAGCACUAGUCUAUCUUGCGUCACCGAAGUCUAGUGGCUUGGUAGGACCAGUGACAGGAGGCUUCUUGGUUGCCGGGGCUCAACUAGUCUCUAUCCUGACACGGAGAUCUCUCAUUGGCACUUCAGGUUGUUUUGAAGAGGUCGGCGACUUUUUCUUGUGGGCAAUAGGGCGAGGAAUAAGGCCGAAGUCGUACAACGCCAUUGUUCUUACUGCAGGCAUGGCUACUGGGGCUCUAGCCGUUUCUUUGGCGUCACCAUCUACGCAGAAAAUACCCGAAAUUACUAUCGAACCCGCUAGAGCUGUCCUCGGCGGCGUGUUCCUAGCACUCGGAUCUAGGAUGGCGGGUGGCUGCACAUCCGGCCACGGAAUUAGCGGAAUCUCUCUUCUUUCCGUCUCCAGCUUCGUUACAGUGGCCGCAAUGUUUGCUGGAGGGAUGGCCGUUGGUAUGAUCAUAGGAUAGUCUAUAUGUCGGUGAAAAGGGAUAGGCAUUUUGAUGGGUGCAUCUCCUUAUCCCAACCGCCAAAAGGAGAACACCGAAAAAGAACUCACCUCUGUAUAUCCGGAUAAUAGUAACGAUAGAUCAUUCGAUCUAUUGCAGUUUUGUUUUAUUACCUAGGAAUUCCUCUA